CCGAGUGUGAGAAAAACCCUCAACACUAACGCUAUAUAGACUUGCAAACCCUAAUUUUCUUACACCAGGUCUCAUCUCAAGCCGUCAAAAAAAAAAUGUCGAAGCGAGGACGUGGAGGAACGUCGGGGAACAAGUUCAGGAUGUCGCUGGGUCUCCCCGUGGCGGCGACGGUGAACUGUGCUGACAACACGGGUGCCAAGAACCUUUACAUCAUUUCGGUUAAAGGAAUCAAGGGUCGUCUCAACAGGUUGCCUUCAGCUUGCGUCGGCGACAUGGUGAUGGCUACAGUCAAGAAGGGUAAGCCUGAUCUGAGGAAGAAGGUUCUUCCAGCUGUCAUCGUUAGGCAGAGGAAGCCGUGGCGCCGAAAGGAUGGUGUCUUCAUGUACUUCGAAGAUAAUGCUGGAGUCAUCGUCAACCCCAAGGGAGAAAUGAAAGGUUCUGCGAUCACUGGUCCCAUUGGUAAAGAGUGCGCUGAUCUCUGGCCAAGAAUUGCUAGUGCUGCCAAUGCCAUUGUCUAGGGAUCGAUCAGUCACUGAUUGGUCUUUUAUGGCUGUGCAUUUUGAUUAUCUUUCUGAAUAUUGUUGGAGUUCUAAAUAUAUCAAAAACAAAUUUGAGGAUUUUUGUAGUUGGUAUUUUGUUUUUCCGCCAUUAUGUACGACAUUCAAUUAUUUUGGUUCCUCGUUGAAAAUGCACAAUCCUUGGCCUAUUGUUUCAUGUUUUAA